CAGAGGAGUGCUUCCGGGUAGGAGCGAGGUGACCCCGGCCGCUGCAGGGACCCGCAGCGACAGCAGCCAUGGGGGCGCACCUGGCCCGGCGCUACCUGGGCGGCGCGUCGGGGGAGCCCGACCCGCUGCGGAUGCCCACCUUCCCGCCCGACUACGGCUUCCCCGGGCGCAAGGAGCGCGAGAUGGUGGCCACCCAGCAGCAAAUGAACGACGCGCAGCUGGUGCUCCAGCAGCGGGACUACUGUGCCCACCACCUCAUCCGGCUGCUCAAGUGCAAGCGGGACAGCUUCCCCAACUUCCUGGCCUGCAAGCACGAGCGGCACGCCUGGGACCACUGCGAGCACCUUGACUACGUGAUGCGCAUGAAAGAAUUUGAGCGGGAGCGGCGGCUGCUCCAGCGGAAGAAGAGGCGGGAGCAGAGGGAGGCAGACGCGGCUAGGGGCCAGGGGCCCGGCGAAGUGGAUCCCGAGGUGGCCCUGUAGUGGGCCCACCCGCCACCAUGUGGACAGUGGGAAAUAAAAGUCUCCAGGUCCCUCA